UCUGCCAAAUACGUUACCAUGGCAGGCCUGUUCAAACGUAUCUACGACUGGCUCCUUAGCCUAUUCUGGGCGACCGAGAUGGAUGUUACAAUGAUCGGCCUCCAGAAUGCCGGCAAGACAUCUCUCUUGAGGGUCCUAGCAAAAGUUACCAAGGGCCAUGUGACUCUGAAGUGUUGGGAUCUGGGAGGCCAGCCGAGGUUUCGAUCGAUGUGGGAACGCUAUUGUCGAGGCGUCAACGCCAUGGUAUUCAUCGUCGACUCAGCCGACAAGGAAGCCUUGCCCGUGGCACGAGAGGAGCUCCAUGUACUGCUAGAAAAGCCUGCCUUGGAAGGCAUUCCGUUGUUGGUCUUGGGCAACAAGUCCGACCUUCCUGAUCAUCUUUCGGUGGACGAGCUUAUCGAGGAAUUGAACCUCAAAGCCGUAACGCACCGCGAGGUGAGUUGCUACGGUAUCAGCGCAAAGGAAGAAACCAACCUUGAUGCUGUGCUGCAAUGGCUGAUCGCUCGGGCGAGCAAAUAA